CCCAGAGUUCCACUGCCUCCUCAACAUCAAGAAGCAAUGAUGUCUCAAUGGGUAAGAGAUGCAGCUGAAUGAAGGAAAGGAGGAAAAGGAAGGCUUUGGAAAAAUGGCGGCCCCCAUGACUUGGAGGAGACUGAUGUACUCUGUGUGUACUCCGGCUCUGUUUGGCGUUUUCACCAGGAUUUCAGACAGAUUUGUGAGGACACACGACAAGAGACGAGGAUCCUCUUUGCUACUCCUGGCUCCUCUCCUGGCUGAGGCAGACCCCACGCUAGCUUCUUCCAGGUCCCCAAGCUCUACUGGAGCUGCAAGGCUCCAUUCUCGCUUCCAUUGGAUUGCUGACCAUGUGCCUGCCUUCAGAGUGCCUGGGGGCCGCAUCCAUAUCCUGCACUCCCCUGAUGAGUUCUAUCAGGCUAUGAAGGCUCGUAUCAAUACAGCCAAGAGACGGGUGGUGUUGGCAUCCUUGUAUCUCGGCACAGGACCACUAGAACAAGAUCUUGUUGAUUGUAUGGAAGAGGCACUUAAGCGCUCUCAGGAAGAUACAGCUGCCGAUUUCAAAGUCUCUGUACUACUGGACUACACCAGAGGAUCAAGAGGAAAGAAUAAUUCUCGUACAAUGCUGUUGCCAUUGCUGCAGCGUUUCCCAGAGCAGAUGAGGGUGUGUCUGUACCACACACCAGACCUGCGGGGUCUUCUGCGCCUUUUAGUUCCUGAACGCUUCAAUGAGACUAUUGGCGUGCAGCAUAUCAAAGCCUACCUGUUUGAUGACAGCCUGAUCAUCAGUGGAGCGAAUCUGAGCGAUUCCUACUUCACUAAUCGUCAGGAUCGCUAUGUGCUAUUGGAAGAUUGCAGAGAGGUGGCGGAUUUCUUUGCUGAGCUGGUGCGAGCUGUGGGUGAUGUGUCACUGCAGCUGGGCCCUGAUGAUACUGUUCACAUGAAGGAGGGAAUGGUUCACCCCUACAAAGGUAACCGCUUGGAAUUCUCAGCCUCAGCACGGCAGCAGAUUAUGGAGGUGAUGAACACUGCUAGGACCCAGCGGCACAUGCUGGAUUUGGAAUGCUCAGAGGAUUCAGACUUGGAACUAGAAUGUGGCGAAGAGCCCAGUGACACAUGGGUCUUCCCUCUUGUCCAGAUGAAGCCUUUGGGCAUUCGACUAGAUGAGGAAGUAACACAGAGACUGUUGAGGGAGGCAGGUGGAGACACAGUUUACUUGACCUCAGGUUACUUCAACCUGACACAAACCUACAUGAAACUGGUGUUGGGAACUGCCGCAGAUUACAGCAUCCUCAUGGCCUCACCAGAGGUCAAUGGGUUCUUUGGGGCCAAGGGGGUGGCAGGUGCCAUUCCUGAAGCCUACGUUCACCUUGCGCACCAGUUCUACAGAAAGGUAUGUGACCUAGGUCAGCAGGGUCGUGUCCGUCUACAUGAGUAUCAUCGUUCUGACUGGACUUUCCAUGCCAAGGGACUGUGGUACUACCUGGAAGGAAAACACCAUCCCUGCCUCACUCUUAUUGGCUCUCCCAAUUUUGGUUAUCGCUCUGUUCACAGGGAUUUAGAGGCUCAGCUUGCCAUAUUAACAGAGAAUGAAGAGCUCCAGGCCCACUUGCAAAAGGAGCAAGAGCUGUUGUACCAGAGGUCCACAGAGGUUUCAAGCUCCACCUUUAAGCAGCCUAAUCGCUAUGUUAAGUUAUGGGUGAAGCUGGUCACUCCUCUCAUUAAGAACUUCUUCUGAGAAUCCACAUGCCUGAGUUUCUGAUCUUCUUACGUACCAGUUUUCAGGUUGAAGGUCCAAACAAGGGUGGGCCCUUGCAUGCAUGUCUUGCACAUGGGGCACUCGUAUACAUUUUUGCUCUCCUGGUGGUCCACAAGGAUAGCUUUAAUGAAGAUAAUGGGCAUGGCAGGCAUCUGCUUCAUUAGAUGGGCAUUCACAAUCACACCUAACCGAGUGUCCCAGUGAGCUUCUCUCAAAAUGUUUUUACAACAAAGAUUUCCUUUAUUUCCACCAUGUUUUUAAGGACGCAGUUGAAGAUGCAGUCCAGAUGGGCUGCUGCACUGAAUUUAGUACUUUCCCUGUAAUGUCAGAGUGACUUGACAAUGAACAGAUGAAUUGAAUCAGCUAAGAGGAGCAGGGUAAGCACUAAGACUGUACAGUGCUGAUACAGUCCAGGACUGAGUUUGGACAUCCCUGCUUCAUUCAGACAUGGCCCAGUGUGGUGGUGAUUAUGGAGCUAACCUAACUUCCACUGUGCAUUAUUAUUUAUAGGUGUGUCUGUACAUUUGGCAUAUCCUUGGCUAAUGAACCUCAUUUUUUCCCCUCUUUUAAUGUUGGCAUAUUUAUGAAAAUAUAAUAAAGGAUUCAGUGUGAGAAGUGGAGAGUGUUAAGGCUCUGCUGAGCUGAGAAAUGAGUGUUAUAACCCUGUUACUGUCACCACUUCUUUCCUAUGCACUGGUUGUUACAAAUGGUAUGUCAGAAUUUGUCAGGUUUAUCGUUUUGUUUUCAUGUGUUUCAAAUGUCAGAACAGUUGUGCAGUUUUAUUAAAAUGGAAGGGUUGAAUAAUUAGGUGCAUUUAAAUCAUUAUGUCUAUAAGCUGUAAAGAAAGCAGUAAGUACAGCUGUCUCUAGUUCUUUCUAUUAGGUCUUCAGAUCCAAAAGUUGUUCCCUUAACAGAACAGUAACCCAGGCAAAGGUGAAUGAACACAGUUGGCCUUAACAUACUUUAAUGCUCUUAUUCUUGUAUUCAGUUACUGUGUAAUUGCUUCCAGGCAUAGAUGUUGAAAUUAGGCACUUAAGCUGAAAAAGCAUGAAGUUUGAUGUAUAAAUGUUAUCCAUCACAAUCACCUACAACAUAGACUGAGUAAACGUUAAAGACUGGCCAAGCUUUGCGAGUCUAAAGUAGGGAAAAAAAAACGUAACACCCCCAGCCCUAAAAAUAAGUUCAGCACCUUUGGCUUAAUGUGAGGCUGUAACAUGCUGAUGUGCAAACUAUUACACAAGGGCUGUCCAGUCUUAUACACAAAGGGCCUGUGUGGCUGCAGGUUUUCAUUCCAACCAUGCAGAAGAUCACCUAUUGAGAUCUAUGAAGACUGGGACAAUUAAACAAGUAGAGUCAGCUGUGCUCCAGCUUGUUUGGAGUGAAAACCUGCAAACACACCAGCCCUGUGCAGAUAAAAUUGGACAUCCCUGUAUUACACUGUUAUGAUGGCAUGUAAAGAAUGAUCAGUUUACAAUGUUUGAAUAUUUAUUUACUUUUUUUUUUUUUUUUUGAGCCUAGCUGUAUUGAACAUUUGCUUGUUUAUUGAAAGACUGGAACCAGCAAGAGGAUUUUUAAAGUCUCAUUUAAAGUUGUUGUUUUUUUUUUGUGAGUUAGGGUUUAUAUUUGAGGGAGACCAAUAUGUAAGUGAGCAACGUGCUGGAGAGCUGUGAAUCUGUGCAAUUCUACAGCAACUGGUUUAAUGUUCUACUUGAAGCCUUGACUUAGGCCAACUGGUCUAUGAAUUUCCGCCUUGAAAGUCAUAUUUCAUUCUUCAUGCAGUAUAUGAUUAGAUGUACUAAGUUUUCGUAGAAAACUGUGUUCUGGUUCACUAGCUGCUGUUUUGAAAAAAUAAAAAUAAAGUUUUGGUAAUCAC